AUGGCGCAGAGCAAUUGGGAAGCAGAUAAGAUGCUUGAUGUUUACAUUCACGAUUAUUUGUUGAAAAGAAAAUUGCAUAAUUCUGCAAAAGCUUUCAUGACGGAAGGGAAGGUUGCUACAGACCCUGUAGCUAUUGAUGCACCUGGAGGAUUUCUCUUUGAAUGGUGGUCUGUCUUUUGGGACAUCUUCAUUGCACGGACAAAUGAGAAACAUUCUGAAGCAGCUGCAGCCUACAUUGAGACACAACAAAUGAAAGCAAGGGAGAACCAACACCAGCUUCAAAUGCAGCACCUGCAACUCAUGCAGCAGCGCCAGGGCCAGUUACAACGAAGGGAUCCUAAUCAUCCUCCCAUUGGUGGUCCCAUGAAUUCAAUGAAUUCUGAAGGAAUGAUAGGACAACCAUCUGCCAGCAUGUUGGCUAUGAAAAUGUAUGAAGAACGUAUGAAGCACUCGCAGUCUAUGGAUUCAGAAACAUCUCCAGCUCUUAUUGAUGCUAGGAUGGCUCUUCUCAAGUCAGCAACCAAUAACCAAGGCCAAUCACUACAUGGCAAUUCUGUGGGUGUGUCUGCAGCAUUGCAGCAAAUGCAAGGACGGCCUCAGUUGGUCAAUGACAUUAAAGGGGAAGUUAAUUUGGGGGCAACACAAAAAUCCUUGCCUAUGGAUCCCUCAUCUGUUUAUGGGCAAGCAAUUCUUCAGUCGAAAUCUGGGCUUGGCGGUGCAGGGUUGAAUCAAGGUGUCACUGGUCUUCCGCUGAAGGGUUGGCCUCUAACUGGCAUAGACCAAUUACGGCCAAGUUUGGGCUUGCAAGUACAGAAGCCCAAUAUACAGAACCAAAGUCAGUUUCUUUUGGCAUCACAACAACAGCAGGUCCUAGCACAAGCUCAGGCACAAGGCAACGUUGGAAAUUCGCCUAACUAUGGAUUUGGAGGAUUACCAAGGGGUAACUUAAAUGCAAAGGAUGGCCAAGUUGCAAGAAAUGAUGGAUCUAUUUGCUCACCUGUGCAGUCAAAUUCACCAAAGAUGAAGAUGGGCCAGAUGCAGCAGUCUUCCUCUCAACAACCGGAUCAGUUACAGCAGCAGCAGCAAGUGCAACAGAAUAACAGGAAAAGAAAACAACACUCUUCAUCCGGACCUGCCAAUAGUACUGGCACUGGGAAUACAGUGGGACACUCCCCCAAUUCACCACAAUCAACACAUACACCUGGUGAUGGAAUGACAACUGCUAGUAGCCUGCAGCAUGUCAAUAGUGCGCCCAAGAGUAUGAUGAUUUAUGGUGCAGAGGGAGCAGGUGGUAUUGCAUCAACUACGAAUCAGCUGGAUGAUUUGGACAAUUUUAGAGAUGUUGGUUCCUUUGAUGAGAACGUGGAAUCAUUUUUGUCGCAUGAUGGAGAUGAAAAUAUAUACAGCACUUUNCAUGAUGGAGAUGGAAAUAUAUACAGCACUUUGAAACAAACUCUUACCGAGCACAAAACAGAGUUGUCCAAAGGUUUUUCGUUUGCGGAGUUUGGGUGUAUACGAACGAGAAACAGUGUGACUUCUUGUCAUUUUUCUUCGGAUGGGAAAUUGUUGGCUAGUGCUGGACAUGAUAAAAAGGCUGUCUUUUGGAACAUGGAUACCCUGCAGACAGAGACCACCCCAGAAGAACAUCAAUCCUUAAUUACGGAUGUUCGCUUCCGGCCAAAUUCUACUCAACUUGCGACAGCUUCAUUUGAUAAGUCGGUCAGAUUGUGGGAUGCAGCUAACCCAGGCUAUUGUUUGAACGCAUACACUGGGCAUGCUCACCAUGUUAUGUCCCUCGAUUUUCAUCCCAAGAAGAAUGAUCUUUUUUGCUUCUGUGAUAGCAACAAUGAAAUUCGCUAUUCGAAUAUCAACCAAUUCUCGUGCACUCGGAUUUCUAAGCAAGGAGGCAGUGCGCAAGUGAGAUUUCAACCAAUGAUAGGACAGUUACUGGCAGCAGCAACACAGGAAGUGGUCUCCAUCUUUGAUGUUGAAACUGACAGGCAUAUGAACUCAUUCCAGGGACAUUCUGGAGCGGUUAACUACCUUUGCUGGGAUCUCAGUGGCGAAUUGUUGGCCUCUGUCAGUAAGGACUGUGUUAAAGUUUGGUCCGUAUCUUCUGGAGAAUGCAUUCACGAGCUCAACUCCAAUGGGAACCAAUUUUAUUCUUGUGUUUUUCAUCCAAACUAUUCAGCUCUUUUGGUGAUUGGCACUUCGCAGUCUCUGGAGCUGUGGAACAUGGUUGAGAACAAAAGCAUGACAGUAAUGGCACAUGAUAACAUCGUUGCUGCUUUGGCACAGUCACCAAUGACGGGAAUGGUUGCCUCAGCAAGUCAUGACAGUUCUGUUAAGUUAUGGAAAUAA